AUUUGCUAUUUCUAAUUUUCUUUUCAUAUUUCCUCAGAUUCUUUGCGGUCUACAAGAUGUAACUUGGGCCUGUAGAUAAUCAAUGUCGGCAAAAGGACGUAUGGAAUAAUUAUUCCCAUAAAAUUUCAUACAAAGCGCCCCCGGCGUUGGCCGUUACUUCUCGCUUCUCAGGUACUCCCCCUAAAGUCGCUCCCCACUAUGGAAUCGCCAGUGCCACGAUCCUCAUCUGGAAACUUCUAGGGUUUCUCCUUGGUCCCCUCCCCUUCUCCUCUUGAUCGAACUCCACCGGAUUCCUCCGCCCAUGUCCAUCAGAUCCGGCGGGCGGAAGGUGUCCUUCGACCUUCUCGCCAGCGACAGCUCCGGCGACGACGGCAGCCUCUCCCUCCGGCCGGCCUCCGAUCCCUUCCUGUCGAACGGCGGCGAGGACGGCCGCUCGACCCGCCGGAAGCGGAAAUCCAAGGCAUCAAAGAAAAGGAAGUUGGCGGAGAGAGCGGCGGUUGCCGGGGAUACAGGCCUUUUGGCAGGAUUGGAUCAUCAGACGCCAUCCUUGGCCGAGAAUGGUCACUGUGAGGAUGGGAUGGGAUUCGGCAUCUCGGAGAACCGAUCGGUGGUGGAGUCCGUGUGUGAGAACACGGUGGUGGAGCCGGCGCCGGAGCCGGAAAGCUCCGAAGUGAGCUGUGUUUCUUAUGUGGAACUGAGGCAGAGGAACGUGAACGGGAGUGUUGGGGAUGAGCCGGGGGACGAGGAGACCAGCACCAGGGAGAGUUCUCAAGGACAAUGGAGGCCAGAAUCUAAAGGUAACAUCAGUAAGCUGGCGAAAGAUGGGUCCUUGGAUUGGAAUCGGGUAAUGGAGGAAGAUCCAAGAAUGUCAGGAGAAGUCUUAUCUUCAGACAGUUCGCCCAUAAAAUACUUUAUUGGAGAGAUUUAUGGUGGUAAUUCACUUAGAAGCACAAUAUCUGCUGGGAACGAGAAGAAACGACAGGGGGUCUAUAAUACUAUGUUCCAUGUCCCAUGGAGAUGUGAACGGCUUAUUGUUGCAGGCUUCUUUGUCUGUUUGGAUUCAUUUCUGUCAUUGCUAACUAUUAUGCCAGCACGAAUUCUUAUGACUGUUUGGAGGGUGCUGCACACCAGGAAGUUUCAAAGGCCCAAUGCUGCUGAGUUAGCAGAUUUUGGUUGUUUCAUUGUGUUGGCUAUAGGAGUCAUUACACUACAAAUGACAGAUAUCAGUUUAAUAUAUCAUAUCAUACGUGGACAAGGAAUAGUCAAACUUUAUGUGGUAUACAAUGUCUUAGAGAUAUUUGACAAACUCUGUCAAUCUUUUGGCGAAGAUGUUUUGCAAGUUCUGUUUAACUCUGCAGAAGGGCUUUCAAAUUGUUCACCAGACAAUAUGAUAUUUCAACUAAUGAGAUUUAUCUUGGAUGAAACAAUAGCUAUCAUUGCAUUUGUUGUCCAUUCUUUCAUCUUAUUGGCUCAGGCUAUCACUUUAUCAACUUGCAUUAUUGCCCACAACAAUGCUUUGCUGGCUUUACUGGUGUCAAAUAAUUUUUCUGAGGUUAAAAGCAAUGUAUUCAAACGUGUUAGCAAAGAAAACCUUCGCAGUUUGGUAUACUAUGAUAUCAUUGAGCGGUUCCACAUCACAACUUAUGUGUUAUUUGUCCUGUCUCAGAAUAUCUUGGAGGCAGAGGGUCCCUGGUUUGAGAGUUUUGCUACUGAUGCCCUCCAGGUUUAUUUGUGUGAAACAUUUAUUGAUACGAUCAAGCAUUCAUUUCUUGCAAAAUUUAAUGAAAUAAAACCUCAUGCAUACUCAGAUUUUCUAGAAGACCUUUGUAAACAGCUUGGAAGCUAAAUCAGAUGUGGUAUGUAUGAUGGAGUUAUAAUGCCUCAAGAGUUAACCUUUCUGAAUGUGUAUGUAGCUAUGUACAGAUAACAUAAUGUAGACAUGCAUAUUGAGUCCUGUGAAAACUUUUGGCGAUAUCAUCUUGAUAAAUCUAGGGGAAGUUGUGAUAUAUUUCUGGUCAAUUUUGGAAUUAUUUUCUUAGCAGUUUUAGGUCGCAAUCUAUGUGUUUCUAUGCAAUCAAAACCAGUUUUUGUUAGCUUUUUAAUAUUAAUUUCUGGUUGAAGUUAAUGAGUUUUUAACAGAGGUUAGUGCAUUGAGAGGACAUGUUACUUCUAAAGCCUACUAGGCUGUCUGUGCUAUCUCCCCUCUUUGACAAGAAAUUGAUGCAGGAAAGCAAGUCCUGAGUAGUUUUUUCAGAGUUGCAAUCAGCAUAAUUUGGGAUUAGGGAUCAGAAUGUGUCUCGGGGCUCAUUACAAAAUUCCCAGCACUAUUCUUAUUUUCUGUUUUGCAUGGAGAUUAUAUAUGCAGGAUUUUGAUAACUAAUUCAGCUAUCCUCAAUUUCAAGUGAAAUGGUUAGCUGUGAAAAUGUUCACAUAACCUUGUCGGCUAAAACAAUGUAUAUGAUACCUAUUUACAGAGAACAAAAAUGUUCAUAGUGUUUGGUUCAGUCUGAGCAACUAAUCCUUUUAGAAGAGCAAUGCUACAUUUUUUUAUGAAACGCAAUUUUUAAUAUUGAGGAGGUUCAUGAGGUAGUCCAUGUGGUGGACUCUGAUUUAUCAUUUUGGGUCAUAAAAUUAAUUAUAUGAGAUUACACAUUGGAAAAGAAAAAUAUAGAAGUUUUAGAGAACUGGCAUCAAUCUCAAGAAACCAGUCUGGGUGUUUGCUAGAAAGUAAUUGGGGGUUAUAUUCCUUCCAGAAAGGAUAAGAUGUAAUCUGCUUAUAUAUACUCAGCCUUUUAGGUCAUCUGAAUAUUGUGCCUGACUUGCAAUAAUCUGAAAAGCUUAAACUCCAAGAAGUUCCUAUCAAUUGUCACUAACAGCCAACUAAUCUAGUGGCUGUUAAUAUGCCAAUGAAUGGAGCAGUCCUUUUUUCUUUCUAAUUUGUGAAUGAGGAAAGGACAUGGUCACUAUCCUCUGUACUUAUUAAAAAAGAAAGAAAAAUAAAGAAACUUCAUCAGAAGGAACAAAAAGUUCAAUAUUUACUAAUCUAGGUUUCAAUUUUUAUAUCAUUGUAUGUGAACAUGAUCUGAUAUUGAGAAGU